AGCUAUACAAAUUUAUAUUUUUAAUUUUAUUUUUUUUUAGAUAACUUCAUGAAAAAUACAGAUUUGAUAUCCGAACUGGCGCUUAAAAAUAACAUCUUCUCGACCUUUCAACAAAGCUUCAUCAGGAUGGGUGGCCCAACAACAGCUGAAGGGCAAACCUAUUGCUUGCGAUGGAACAAUCACAAAUCAAAUUUGGUUGAAAUUUUGGACGCUCUAAUCAAAAUUGAGAGCUAUGUUGAUUGUACGAUUGUAGUUGACGAUCAAGUACAAUUCAAAGCACAUCGUGUUGUAUUAGCAGCAAAUUCUCCAUAUUUCCAAUCAAUAUUACAAGAUGUCCCCAUGGAUCAUUGUAGUAUUUUGUUUCCUGGGGUUCAAGCGUUUGAAAUGCGUGCGCUUUUAGAGUACAUGUAUACCGGAGAAGUAAAUGUUACACAGAGCCAAAUUCCAAAAAUAAUGAGAAUAGCUGAACAACUCGAAGUAAAGGGUCUCUUUGAUAUGGCCGACUUAAAAGAAAAAUUCAAUAAAUUCGAAGAAAGUGGAAGUAGUCCAUAUGCGACCGCAACAGCAGCUACUGCUUCUAUUGCAGCUUCUUCUUCUUCCCUACCACAUUCUUCACACGAACGCCGUUUAAAUGGCGGAAAGGACUCCAAUGAAAAUUUGAAUUCUUCACCAAUCAUUUCAACUUCUACGAAUAUCAGUCCAUCUGCUGCACCUACAAGUAGCUCGUCACCUACAUAUUCAUAUAAAUCGGCAUACCCGAACAUGUAUUCAAAAAGUCCACAGCCCGUUCCCUACGCUAUGGAUCGUCAUUCGUCUUGGCCAAUUUCGCCAGUGGUACCAAGUUCAUUACCAAACACCGCUUCUAUGUUGAGCUCCGUGUAUGAAUCUGCACCCGAUAUGAACCCUCUGAAACGAAAAAAGUUGUCAUCUAUUUCGAGUAUGCUAAUGAACCGCGAUACGCCUAUUUUGCGAAAUGUAUUGGCCCAAACACAUUCUGCAGAUUCAUCGCAGCCUAUGCCAUUGGUUUGUCAACCUGCUAAAAAUGAAAAGACUGAAAAAUCGCCACAGGUUAGCGCAACUGGUGCAAAUUACUGCAAUGGAGCGGACUAUAAUGAUAAGAAAGUAAAAUACGAUGAGCCUCAUUCACCAUACACUGAUAGAUCGUACGACGACGACGGGCUUGACAGUCCACAAACUUAUCCAGGAGAAAAUCGAUUAGGUUCAUUUGGAUCGCAACAACAACAGAAACCGGAAUGGAAGCGUUACAAACAGUACACUCGCAGCGAUAUUCUGCAAGCCAUCGAGUGCGUUCGUAAUGGCAUGAGUGCUCUGCAGGCAUCACGCAAGUUUGGAGUUCCCUCGCGCACACUCUACGAUAAAGUGAAGAAGCUUGGAAUAACUACCGGUCGACCCAUGAAUAGAACCAUUAAACGUAGUCCAAGUACAGGUGGUGGCAGUAGUGCUGCAUUCCCAUAUAGUCAUGGUUACGGCCAAUCGGAGCCUUUGCUUUCAUCGAUGCAUGAUAAUGUUGACAGAGAAAAGGAUCAGGAACGCCAUCAUCCUCCCACAAUACCCCAUCCAGCAGCUGCUCUCUUGGAUCCUGCAUUUCUGCAGCAAGCUUUUGAAAGCCGCGGUGGUGAUAUCGCUGGACGAGAAGCCUUACAUGCAAUGGCAUUAGCUGCUGCAGCUCAUGCUGCUGUUAAUGGAAUGUCAACUAGUCCGGGAACUAAUGGAACCGCUCGCUCACCCAGUCCUAGUUUUGCAAUGAAAUAUGGUAGAUCAAAAAGUCCAACUGGUCAUCAAUAUCAUGAAAGAAAUUUAUUGAUUGAAAGAGAAAAAGAACGUGAGUGUGAACGCGAACGAGAGCGUGAACGAGAACGUGAACGAGAACGAGAUCGUGAACGUGAACACGAAAGACGCAUCAUCGAUCAUGAGAUGAAAAAAGAGAAAGAGCGUCUUCAACGUGAGAGGGAGGCUGAAACUGAUCAUGAACGAGAAAUAUCUCAGCACAGACUUGAAGGACAGGAUGAAGAAAAUGAUCAAGUCGAAGAUUUAUCGGUAACACGUAAAGAAACCACUUCACCAAGUUUUAAUAAUCAUCAUGGUGUCAUAGUACCCCCAAUGAGCACCAAACUCCCAGCUCAUAGUAGUGACGAAUUUAGAGCAAAUGAAAAUUUAUCACGUGAAAUUCUAAGAGACGAAUGUGAUUAGACAUAAAUAAGAUAUUUAUAGGCUUAUAGAUAUUGAUGAGCAAGAACAGUUACCUUCUUGUUUUUAUUUAUUAAGUAGGGCUAUGUAUUCAGUGCAAUAGGUUACUCUAGUACCUAGUUUGUUCCUCUUUAUAAGCAGCAAUUAGACUCUGUGUCGCAUUGACUUUAAAGGAUUAUGUAUUCUUAACUAAGCCUUUCAUCUAACAUUCAGCUGAAAGCAUUAUUAAUAAACAAAAAUACUUUGAACUUUUGCAGAAAAUAAGAAUAACGUUCAACGUUACUUCAAACAUAUUAAACAAAAUUUUAAAUAAAAAAAUAAAGGAAUAUCUAAACUUAGCUUUAAAGCAGGCUUUAAAAGUCAUUCAAAUGUUGCUCAAUGAUAUACUUUGUAAAAGGAAACAAAGUUAAUUCUAUGACUUUAAAAAUUAAACAUUAACAUUAUCAUUAACUAAAAAUUCAAUUCAGCUGAAAUGUGUAAAAGGUUCUAAGAGACAUACAUGUAGAAAAAUUAUAGUAAGGCUACAUUAUUUUCUCAGUGCAAACAAAAUAUAAAUAGUGUAAGUGUUGAUAUGCAUAAAGCGUAUAUAGUAAAAUUUGUUGUUAAAUCACCGAGUGCCUAAAUGUAGAAAAAAUAUUAUCUAUGUUCGAAUGAAGAUUAUUAUUUUAAAAAUGUCCAAAAUAAUUUCUUACAUGUUAUUUGCCAUUAUAGUUUAUUUUAAUUUUCUUGACUAAGAACAUUACAAAACCACUUCAACAACUUUUGCCAUCAAUCAUUUUAUUUAGUUCUUAAGCUUAGAUUAAAGUUUUUCUUCUAUCUCUAUCAAACAAAAAAUAUAAAUAAAAAUAAAAAUAAAAAAAGACUGAUAUUGAAGAGCUACAAAUAUAUUAAAUUUAAAAAAAAAAAUAUUUUUCUUAAAACAAAAAAAUACGUAAACAAUAUUUUCCUAUAUUGAACCUUUAUUGAAAUAAACUCAAGAAAGCUACACAAAUGGACCUGAAUUGUUAAGAAAUGCAAAUAGAAACAUUAUUAAUUUUAUAAAAGAGAAAAAAUGAAUACCUCCUAAAAAAUAUUAAUAGUCAAAAAAACCUGCCAGUGAUUUGUUUAAGAGCUACCUCCUUAGAUUAAAUUUUAGUUUUAAAAAUUGUAUGUAUCAUAAAUAUAAUUAAGUAAAUAAAUCAAAUCAAAAUCAAAAUACCUCAUUUAAAGCAAAUUAUACAAAUUUUAACAAUUAUCUUAACAAUGUUCUUAACCAAGUUAUAAUUUUAAUUUUGUAUGUUAGUUUUAUUUUUAUGUUAAAAGACUGAAGUAUGUAUAAUCACAUUAAAAGUAUCAAAAAUAUAUCCAACAUAGUUUUGUACCAACUUGGAAUAAGAUUAAAAAUGUAUUUGUUAUCUAAGGUUUUUAAUUUGAAAAACUUUACCUACGCGCUGGGGCAAUGCAAUUUAAAUGCUCUUUUAAAUCUAAUUUUAUUUUCGAUACAUAAAUUAAUUGCUAAUGAAUGUAAAUACAUAAAGUUAUUACUUUGUUUUCUUAAAAAUCAGUUAAACUUAUGAUAUGCAAAACGUUAAUACUAUUUUAAAUACAGAAUUCAAUGUUUUUGUGUUAAGAAAUUCAGUUUAAGGAAAGAAUUUAAAAAUGGCAGCACGAGCACAUUAAAAUAUUUUUUUAAUCGUUUAAGUUAAUUUAAAAACUAGAAUUUUACGCAAUAUGAAGUAUGCUAUGAAUAUGUUUAAGUUAUUAUGUUCCAAUCGUAUAUUCAAAUUCAUAGAAACCCUAAGUUUUCAAACUGACUGAAAUAAAAUUAAAUA